ACGAGUAAAGCAAAAACACAAAACCCAGCAGCAGCCACCGCAACAGCUAUAGCAUCAAUGGAGUUCAACAAAACACCAACUGUUGAAGAACCUGAGCCCGUAAGCCCCCAUGCCCAGUACCUAAAUAGUUCAGUUCUCUCUAUAUGCGUUCUUGCUGUUUUGGAAUCCGAGGUUCCCAUCGAUGACUCCCAGACCACUGUUUUACUUGAGAAGAUGCUCCUCCCCAUCAACCCGCGCUUCUCCUCCAUCAUGGUAUUAGACGAUCAUGGAGUAGGACAUUGGAAGAAGGUUGAAGUUAAGCUUGAAGACCACGUCCGGGUCGCUGUUUUCCCAGACGGAUUACCGGCGACUACCUACGAUGAGUGCUUUCAGGAGUACAUGUCAAAGAUAUCCAUGGAAAUGCUUCCACAGAGCAGACCACUGUGGGAGAUCCACUUGUUUAAAUAUCCCACCAGCAAUGCAGCUGGGACUGUGGUGUUGAAGUUUCACCAUGCAUUAGGUGAUGGCUUCUCACUCAUGGGUGCAUUGUUUUCUUGCACCCGAAGGGCCGAUGAUCCUUCACUUCCCUUAACUUUUCCCUCAUCUCGGCCAAAACCUAUACCAAAUAACCACGGCGCCGGCGGCCUCAGCAUUUUGAAGAAAGCUCAUGGAUUUGUCUCCCUGCUCUUUAAUUCCGCUUCGGAUUUUGCUUGGAGCCUUUUAAAAAGCAGCUUUUUAGAAGACGAACAGAACCCAAUCCGGUCCGGAACUGCGGGGGUUGAAUUCCGGCCUAAAACCGUCUCUACUGUCAACUUAUCUCUCGAUCGGAUUGGACAAAUCAAGGAAAAGAUUGGAGGGACAAUUAAUGACGUGCUCUGUGGGGUAAUAUUCUACGGUGUUCGGCUAUAUAUGUACAAUUCAAACAGAAGUUCCAGCCACAUAAGUUCGACCGCUCUGGUGCUGCUCAACACUAGGAUAAUCAAUAACAUUCAGUCAAUCCAGGAGAUGAUGAAACCAGAUACCAAGGCACCCUGGGGGAAUUACUUUGCCUUCUUGCAUGUCUCUAUUCCCAUACUUGAUGCCGAUACUACAACCCCUCUUGACUUCGUGCUCAAAGCAAGGCAAAUAGUCAAGAGAAAGAGAAGUUCAUUGGCUGUGUAUCUCAAUGCCAAGCUUCUAGAGACCACCAGAAAAUUCAGAGGCCCUGAGAGAGCAGCACAAAUAAUCCAUAGCACACUAAAGAACACGAGCCUGGCCAUCACAAAUAUGGUUGGACCAAAGGAAAAAGUGACUCUAGCAGGUCAUCCAGUCAGCGGCUUGUACUUUACAGUGUCCGGGGUACCUCAGAGUCUUACAAUAACGGCGGUGAGUUACAUGGGAACUUUGAGGUUAGGAGUGGAGGCAGAAAAAGACUUCAUUGAUAACCAACAAUUUAAAUCAUGCAUAGAGGAGGCCUUUCGGAAGAUCUUUGAAGCUGCUCUUUCCGCUUGAAACUUGGAUUUAGAUGGAUUCAAUUCUUCCUUUCAAUCAUAACAUUUGAGAGAUUUAAUAAAUUAAGUAUUCACCGUAUAUGAUAGUAUUCGGAUUUAAAUUUUAUGAUGUUCAUAAAAUUCAAGUCAAAUAUUCACUUUAUAUAAUAUAUAUGGUAUAGAUU